AUUUCGUUACACAUGAAACGAUUAUCAUUCGAUAGAUGUGAUUCUUGAUAAGUAACACAGCAUGGCGGCGGGACUGCGACGCUAGAGGUUAGGGCAGGUCUCUAUCCAGUCACGUGAUAUUCACAAAUGUUGCGAAUCCGGAAGCCGCCUUCACCACCAUCGUCCUCCACGACGCGCCCAAUAUUCAACGAUGUCUAUACAGUACCGACAAGACAUGCCUCCACCCGGGGGCUUCGAGGCAGUCAAGUACAAACGAAACCUUCCUUUUCGUGGACCAAGUGGCCUAGUCAUUCUGGGAGCUGUGACAGCCGUGUGUGCAUAUGGCUUCUAUCGUGUUGGGAAGGGAAACCUGGAAAGAAGGGAACUGGAAAGAGAGAAAGUUUGGUCUCGUAUCCACCUUGUUCCCUUGUUGGUGGCGGAGGGGGAUCGAGAUGCGUAUCGUCGGCAGGAAGCUGCAUUGGAACGGGAGCGAGAGAUUAUGAAGGACGUCAAAGGAUGGGAGCCUGGUAAAAGUGUUUAUAACAAUGCACGAUAUCGUUCGGCAGAAUCGAUUGUGGUGUUAUGAUUAUGAUUAGUUUUCUUUGUAGAUUCAGAAUCAAAUUAUUAGAUCUUUUAGCCAGAGUUGAAUGGAGAAGCUUCCAUUGAAUAAA